UUCUUCUCUCUAGUAGCUAACAAGAGAGACACAGAUAUACGUAUGCUGAGUUUCUGUAGUAUGAGUGUUACUUCUCUUUUGAGAAUGUAUUGGUGCACAGGAAUAGUGGCGCGAGUGGUAGGGGCAUGAUCGAGGAUGCCAGUCUUCUCCGGGACACGGAUCCGGAUAGGAUACUUGCUGAUCUUUCAUCUCUCAUCGUCAUCGGGAUCGUGAAAAAAAAAGAAGAAAAAGAGGAAGAAGAAGAAGAAGAAGAAGAAGAAGAAGAAGAAAGAAAAAAAGUUUCUACGUUCAGUUAAUUUGGAAGGAUGGAGUUGAAGGUCGAGGAUUCGUGACCUCCUUCCUUUUUUUUCUCUUAACGACGGGAGAAAAGAUGAAGAACUGUCAUAUCUGCAAAAACCAAAACUUCGUCAACACAAAGACCGAGUUGGAGACGGACAGCGAAUGUUCGGAUAGCAUGAUCUGCUCGACCAACCACAACAACAACAACAAUAACAACAACAACCACAACAAUAACAACAACAACAACAAUAUUCACAGUGCCAAUAACAACAAUAAUAAUAAUAAUACUCAGAAUCAUAAUAAUAACAACAACAACAACAACAACAAUAACAACAAUCAUGGGCCUGGUAAGAAAGGAAACAAUGCAAGCGCAAUGGCGAAGAGUGCUAUAGUUGUUGGGGGUAGUAUUGGUGCUAAAGAAAAUGGUCAACAACAGGAUGGCAUGGAAAUGGAUUGUGGUGGUUGCGGAGAAAGUGUCCGAGAACGUACCGUACUAUGUGUUGGGGGUCGUACAUGGCAUUCGAGAUGCCUCAAGUGUUGCGCUUGUGCCAGACCUCUUCAUGAUCAACAUUCCUGUUUUCUUCGGGGGAUGAGACUCUAUUGUCGACACGAUUACGCCCUAACAUUCGGUGCUAAGUGCGCGAAAUGUGGGCGAAGUGUAGGCGCAGGUGAUUGGGUUAGGAGAGCCCGUGAAAGGGUUUAUCAUUUGGCCUGUUUUGCCUGUGACGCUUGUUCACGUCAAUUAUCGACCGGUGAACAAUUUGCUCUGUUGGAUGCACGAUUAUUAUGUAAGGCACAUUAUCUCGAUGUAGUCGAGGGAAACAAUACUUCUUCCUCCGAAGAUUGUGAUUCCGAACACGGUGGAAAGGGUAGUAAGACGAAGAGAGUGAGAACCACAUUCACUGAGGAACAACUCUCUGUAUUACAAGCGAAUUUUCAAUUGGAUAGUAAUCCCGAUGGUCAGGAUCUCGAAAGGAUAGCACAUGUAACUGGAUUAAGUAAGAGGGUCACACAAGUAUGGUUUCAAAAUUCAAGAGCAAGACAAAAGAAGCACAGCGGCAAAAUCAAAACCCAAAUGCAUCAUUCACCGCCAAUGCAACAUCAUCCGACGGAAUUGUAUCCCAGUAGUGUGAAUGUGGUCGGAGCAUACCUAGGUGGUUAUCAAGGUGGCAGUGCAGGAAGUGAAAGUCCCGGAAGUCCAUUAACCCCACUGACACCAAUGACACCCUUAACACCAACUACCCCGACUCAUCACCAGCCACAAUUUUGUCAUCAAACGGGAUAAAAAUCUGCUCGAUACUGGCAGAUCUUUUUUAUGUGUACAUAGAAUUAAAAAAAAGAAAAGAAAGAAGAAAAUAAAAAAAAAAGAGAGAGGAAAAGAAAAUGAGAAGAUGAGAUUAAAUAAAAACAAACAAACAAAAAAUGAUCGGUCGUAGAAUAUGAUCGGUCGGUAGUUUAGUAACAUAAACGAGCUUUUAAUCUUUAUUUAUUCGACGUCAGCGAUUUAAAUCGGUGCAAAUUUCCGACGAAAAAAUAAAAAAGAAGAGAAACAAGAAAAAAGAAAUCGGACUUCCUGUUAUCCUUUAUUAAUGUUAAAAAGAAAGAAAGGAAAAAGAAAAACGCGGGAAAUGUACGAUUAUUAAUUAAAUCGGGUUUUAAAAUAAACGAUGCGUAAAUAUACGUACAUGUAAAUUUGCUUUCAUAUUUUUUAUAUCUAUCGUUAUCGAAAAGAUUUGAAAGAUGAAAGGAUUGUAAAUAAAUAAAUUUUCCGUUCCCUCUUUCUUUCUCUCCUCCGACCCCCUCACUCUCAACCCCCUUUCUACUAUCAUUCACGUUCGAACUUUUUUGUACAUAAACAAAAUUUUUAGGAAUAAUGUGCGAUCAUUAUACGUAUGAUAACGUUCUUGCACAUUCAUUAUUGCAAUAUUGUAAGCCGUACUGUUAAUAAUAAAAAUGUCUUUUGCUGUUAUAAAUAUA